GGAAUAGCAAGAGGAAUGAUAUAUCUUCACCAAGACUCGAGACUCAAAAUAAUUCAUAGAGAUUUAAAAGCAUCCAAUAUUUUAUUGGAUGAUAGAUUGAACCUUAAAAUCUCAGAUUUUGGAAUGGCUAGAAUUUUUGGAGGUGAUCAAAUGGAAGCCAAUACAAAAAGGGUAGUUGGAACAUAUGGUUAUAUGUCUCCAGAAUAUGCUAUGGGAGGACUAUAUUCAAUAAAAUCCGAUGUCUUCAGCUUUGGUGUCAUAUUGCUUGAGAUUAUAAAUGGGAGAAAAAAUACCAGUUACCAUCAAGAGAACAUGAUUAAUUUGAUAGGACAUGCUUGGGCAUUAUGGAACGAAGGUAAAGUCUUUGAUAUAAUUGAUUCGAAGAUGGGUGAUUCAUGGAAACACGAAGAAGUUUUGAGAUGUUUUCAAAUAGGGCUUCUAUGUGUGCAAGAACUUGCUUUGGACAGACCAACUAUGUCAGAUGUUGCUUUCAUGCUAUGCAAGGAAAUGGCUUUACCUUCUCCCAAACAACCUGGAUACUGCAACUCUCUAGACACCAUAACCGUCAACAACCCAUUAAAGGACGACGGCAGCUUGAUCGUCUCCAACGGUGGGAUCUUUGGCCUUGGAUUCUUCAGCCCCGGCAAGUCAUCCACUAACCGAUAUGUCGGAAUUUGGUACUUAUUCUCCAACCAAACCGUCGUCUGGGUUGCCAACAGAGACAACCCUGUUCCUGAUUCCUCCGGCGUUCUCUCCCUAGAUAGAACAGGAAACCUUGUAAUCCUCUCCUCCUCAUCCGGACCAGACCCAGUCUGGUCAACCAAUGUCAACUCAACCUCGGGCUCAGGGAAUCAGGUUUCUUGUCAACUUUUGGAUACAGGGAACUUGAAAUUGGUUGACGGAGAGGAAGAAACGGUAGUAUGGCAGAGCUUCGAUCAUCCCACAGAUACAUGGCUUCCAUUCAUGAAACUGGGUCUGGACAGAAAGACAGGUCUAAACCGGUUCCUUACUUCAUGGAAAUCUGAAGAUGAUCCCGGAACAGGGGAAUCGGUUUACAAACUAGAUAUUACCGAGUCGCCGGAGUUGAUCUACCAACAGGGUGCGAAUCGGAUAUGGAGAACCGGACCGUGGAUCGGGAAAGGUUGGGUGGGAGUAACCCCUGCGGUGAUGAAUCAAUUUAAUUUCAAUGUGAGUUUCAUGGACACCGAAGAUGAGGUAUCGGUUAUGUAUAGAAUGUUUAACGAAUCGGUUCAUUCGAGGCUGGUGGUGAAUGGGUCCGGUGUUCUCCAGAGAGUGACAUGGCAAGAGGACAAUCAUCGGUGGUAUGCGAUUUGGUCAUCGGCCAAUUUGGAAGCUUGUAACAAGUACAGUCAAUGCGGGGCUUAUGGCAAUUGCGACCCAGAAACAACCACGAGGACUUUUGAGUGUACGUGCCUACCUGGAUUUGAGCCAAAGUCAAAGGAUAACUGGUAUAUAACAGGAGAUGGUUCGGGCGGGUGUGUGAGAAAGAAUGGUCGGACGUCGGUUUGUGGGAAAGGAGACGGGUUUUGGAAGGUGGAGCGAGCUAAGUCACCGGAUACCAUAGUUGCUCGCCUGAACCGGGGCAUGGGAUUAGAAGCAUGUAGAGAACAAUGUCUGAAUAAUUGCACUUGCACAGCUUAUGCAAGUACUAGUAGUACUGCAGGGCAGGGUGAAAGUGGCGGUGGCGGUGGCGGCCGCGGUUGCAUAACCUGGUAUGGAGAAUUGAUGGACACAAGAAUCAUGCCGGAUGGUGGCCAGGAUUUGUAUGUUCGCGUCGAUGCAAUUGAUUUAGGUCAGCAAUCAUUGUCUCAAAAGUUUUGUUACUACCACAAAAAAAAAUGUAUAGAUCCUUUGCUCCCUCUUCCCUCCUCUCACACAGGGGAUUUUUUUACUGAAUAUUUGAAGUUACAAAAAUCUAAGGGGCGACGUAUUAAAGUGGCAUACAUUAUUGUGGCCUCCAUCUCCAUAUUAUUAGCCCUUUGUGCACUAUAUUGGUUGAUAAUGGUUAAACGGAGAAAAGAUAGAAAGAGAAAAGAACGUAACAUAUUGCUUACUCCUACCGAUGGCUCAACAAAUGAAUGUUGGUCAACCGAAAAGUCGCUGAAUGAUUUUCCCUUUUUCGAUCUCAAUACGAUUGUUAUAGCGACUGAUAACUUUUCCAUUUCCAACAAACUGGGAGAAGGCGGGUUUGGCUCAGUUUAUAAGGGACGUUUAAAGAAUGGAUUAAAUAUUGCAGUUAAAAGGCUUGCGAAAAGUUCAAAUCAAGGAGUGGAAGAAUUUAAAAAUGAAGUUUCUUUAAUUGUCAAACUCCAACAUAGGAAUUUAGUGAGGCUCUUAGGAUGUUGUGUUCAACAAAAUGAGAAAAUGCUCGUAUAUGAAUACUUGUCAAAUAAGGGCUUGGACUCUUUUAUAUUCGAUGAAGAUAAAUGUUCUCUACUUGAUUGGGAGAAACGGUUUAACAUCAUUUUGGGGAUCGUAAAAGGAAUGGUAUACCUUCACCAAGACUCUCGAUUGAGAAUAAUCCAUAGAGACUUAAAAACUAGCAAUGUUUUGUUAGAUGAUGGGUUGAAUCCAAAAAUCUCAGAUUUUGGAAUGGCUAAAAUUUUUAGAGGUGACCAGAUGGAAGAAAACACAAAAAGAGUAGUUGGAACAUAUGGUUAUAUGUCUCCAGAAUAUGCUAUGAGAGGAUUAUACUCAGUCAAAUCUGAUGUAUUCAGCUUCGGUGUUAUAUUACUCGAAAUUAUAAGUGGAAGAAAAAAUAACAGCUACUAUCAAGAGAACACGAUUAAUUUGAUUGGACAUGCUUGGGCCAAAUGGAAUGAAGGUAAGAUUUUUGAUAUAAUUGAUUCGAGGAUGGGUGAUUCAUGGCCACGAGAAGAAGUUUUGAGAAGUUUUCAGAUAGGGCUUCUAUGCGUACAAGAACAAGCUUUUGAGAGACCAACAAUGUCGGAUGUUGCUUUCAUGUUAUGCAGAGAAAUGGAUUUACCUGCUCCAAAGCAACCAGCGUUCAUCUUCGAAAAACAUGACAUGAAUGUCCUCCAUUCAUCAACAAGUUUCAAAGCUAGCUCCAUUAACAAUAUGACCAUCACACAGAUCAAUGAUGAAGAGAAAUGUUCUCAACUAAAUUGGGAGAAACGGUAUAACAUCAUUCUGGGAAUUGCAAAGGGAAUGGUUUAUCUUCACCAAGAUUCUCGGUUGAGGAUAAUUCACAAUGACUUGAAAACUAGCAAUGUUUUGUUAGAUAAUGAGUUCAAUCUUAAAAUCUCGGAUUUUGGAAUGGCAAGAAUUUUUAAAGAAAAUAAAAAUGAAGCAAAUACAAUUAGGGUAGUUGGAACAAUCGACGCGUACGAAGAGGUUCUGGCCUCCACCUUGAACGAGUCUGAUAUCGAGCAAUUCUCCGUGCCAAAUUAUACAGUGAUCAGGAUCUUCAGCACUUGCAGAAUAGAUAUUGCGGUUAAAAGACUAGCAAAAAAUUCCGAUCAAGGCUUGGGCAUUAUGGAACGAAGACCAACUAUGUCAGAUGUUGCUUUCAUGCUAUGCAAGGAAAUGGCUUUACCUUCUCCCAAACAACCUGCUUUCAUCCUCAAUGGAUAUAAGAUGAAUGUCUUGGAAUCACCAACAUGUGUCAAAGUCAUCUCGUUUAACAACCUUACCAUCACCGAGAUCAAUGCAUUAGCUAUUGGUGUCCUACUUAUGGUUUACUGGUUCAUAAUGGUUAAAAGGAGAAAAGAGAGAAAGAUAAAGGAAAGACAAAUACUGCUUACUCCAGCUAACAGUUCAUCGAUUGAACCUUCCACAACAGGAAAUCCUUUUGAGGAUUUCCCAUUUUUUGAACUUAGUAUCAUUGUUGCAGCCACAAACAAUUUUUCCAUUUCAAAUAAACUCGGACAAGGCGGAUUUGGCACGGUUUAUAAGGGAUGUUUAAAGGAUGGAGUGGAGAUUGCUGUAAAAAGAUUAUCCAAAAGUUCACAUCAAGGUGUGGAAGAGUUUAAGAACGAAGUUUCGUUAAUUGCCAAACUUCAACAUAGAAAUUUGGUGAGAUUGUUAGGAUGUUGUGUUGAACAUCAUGAGAUGGUUCUCGUAUAUGAAUACUUACCAAAUAAAGGUUUGGCCUCAUUCAUUUUUGAUGAAGAGAAAUGUUCUCAACUAAAUUGGGAGAAACGGUAUAUUGUCAUUUUGGGAAUUGCAAAGGGAAUGGUUUGUCUUCACCAAGAUUCUCGGUUGAGGAUAAUUCACAGGGACUUGAAAGCUAGCAAUGUUUUGUUAGAUAAUGAGUUGAAUCCUAAAAUCUCGGAUUUUGGAAUGGCAAGAAUUUUUAAUGAAAAUCAAAAUGAAGCAAAUACAAUUAGGGUAGUUGGAACAAUUGGUUAUAUGCCUCCAGAAUAUGCUAUGGGAGGACUAUACUCUAUAAGAUCUGAUGUCUUCAGUUUCGGUGUUGUAUUGCUUGAGGUUAUAAGUGGAAGGAAAAAUAACAGUUAUUAUCGAGAGAACACGAUUAAUUUAAUUGGACAUGCUUGGGAAUUAUGGAAAGAAGGUCAGGCCUUAGAUAUAAUUGACUCAAGGAUGGGAGAUUUAUGGCCAAACCAAGAAGUUUUGAGAUGCAUUCACAUAGGACUUCUAUGUGUGCAAGAACAUGCUAUGGAUAGACCAACUAUGUCGGAAGUUGUUUUCAUGCUAUGCAAAGAGAUGUCUUUACCUUCUCCAAAGCAACCCGCUUUCAUCUUCAACGGACAAGACAUGAAUGCAUCGGAUUCAUCGACGAGCAUUAAAGUGAACUCCAUAAACAACCUUAGCAUUACUGAGAUCAUAGCUAGAUGA